AUGUCGUCUUAUCAGCGCAUAACCGUGCAGUUUGCCGGCGGCUGCGAAUUACUUUUUGAUAAACAGACGCAACUUCAGCUGGAAGGGGCCAUUCCGCACGGUACAACAAUCAACGGGCUGGUGCAGCUGCUGAAGGCAAACUACGUAAGCGAAAGGCCCGAUCUAUUUGUGGACCAAUCGGGAACGGCGCUGCGUCCAGGGAUUCUCGUACUUGUGAACUCGUGUGAUGCAGAGGUUGUGGGCGGAAUGGACUACGUUCUCAAUGAUGGCGACGUAGUCGAAUUUAUCUCGACGCUACAUGGUGGUUGA